AUGCUAGAAUCGCAUACGCUCGAAAAGCCACUAUCGCUUCCAGUUAGCGGGUUCCCAACGAUCAAUGCCGAUCAACUAGUUGAAGAGGAGGAGUUACCAGACUACCAAGCUGAUCGAUUCUAUCCUGUUCGACUGGGUGAGGUGUUCCAAAAUCGUUACCAGAUACUCGCAAAGCUUGGUUACGGCUCUUCAUCGACUACUUGGCUAGCUCGAGAUUUGGGAGCUCAUCGGUAUGUCGCGCUCAAGGUGUAUGUUCAUACCUCGUUGGUUCAUCGUGAACUUCCAUUUUACCAUCAUAUUGCCCCGCGUAUUGCAAAUGGCAAUUCGCAUAAAGGACAGGAAAAUAUCCGGAGGAUGUUGGAUUCCUUUGAUGUCGUGGGUCCACAUGGCAAACAUGUCAUUCUUGUCUUUGAACCUGCACAAAUGAGCCUGCGCGAUAUGAAACUGGUGUUUCGACCAGAUGGGUUUGACGAGGAUUUUGUCAGGGGUGCGAUUACUGAGCUUCUUCAGGCCGUGGACUUUCUUCAUUCACAUGGGGAAGUUGUACAUACGGAUAUACACCCUGGAAACAUGCUACUGGGAGUUCAGGACAACAACCUACUAAAAGCCCUCGAAGAAAAAGAAUUCUCGUCCCCAGUGCCUCGUAAGCCAAUUUCUGAAUCGUCAUCACGGACAAUUUAUCUCUCGCGUCUUAUGCGUCCCAAGGAAGGCCCCAUGCUCCUAUCAGAUUUCGGCGAGGUCAGGAUUGGCCCAGGACCUCACGCCAGAGACAUUACUUUAUGUGGGAUGGAGCUAUCCCGUGGAUAUUUGGAGUGUUGGCUUGACGGAAACUGGUUGAGCCUUGCACCCAUUCCGGAUAAUCGGACCAUAGAGACUCUCGAAACUCAACUAGAGAACAAGACGGAAUUCCUCCGGUUCCUUCGAAGAAGCCUAACUUGGAUGCCCGAGAAGAGAGCAACGGCAAAGAAGCUCUUGCAAGAUCCCUGGCUUACGGGCAAGAAACUCUAG